AUGGGCGUGAUAGCUCGGGCAAACGAAGCGCUGCAGGUCAACCCCAGCUUCGGGGGAGACUCACUGACUACGAAUGGCUCCGACUGGUUGUGGGCAGUGACGGCGAUAUAUGCCUUGUCUUUCUUGAUCUUCUUCGCAACCAGCUUCAAGCCCUUCUCUGGCGAGCGCAUCUUCCACUACAUCUUCACGGUGUCCCUGCUCGUCGGCACUAUCGCGUACUUCUCCUGGGCCUCGAACCUUGCUCAUGUGAUUAUCAAUGGGCGGCAGAUAUACUGGGCCAAGUAUGUUUACUGGGUUGUGGAAUUCCCUGCCAUCAUCGUCGCGCUUGGAUUAUUGAGUGGUGUCUCUUGGGCCACCAUUCUCUACAAUACCUUCCUGUCGUGGAUUUGGGUGAUUUCGUACCUCGUCUCUGCCUUCACCUUAAGCACUUACAAGUGGGGCUUCUAUGCAUUCGGCACCGUCGCUUGGCUUAUCCUUGCCUUCAACACCUUGUCCUCUGGAGCGUCUUCCGCAAAGCGCGUCGGAGUAUCCGGACACCACUCGUUCCUGGCCGGCUGGACGAACCUGCUGUGGCUUCUGUGGCCCAUCGCCUUCGGCGUCUCGGACGGCGGAUACACUAUCGGCGUUACCCCAACUGCCAUCUUCUUCGGCGUUCUCGACGUCCUCUUGACACCUGUUCUGGCCUUUGGCUUCCUCGUCCUAUCCCGUAAGUGGGACUAUAACAAACUGAACCUCGCUUUUACGCGCUACGGCCGCGUUAACGAUGGCGGUCACUUUCCCGAGAAAGCCGCUGCUACCCCAGCUCAUGGCGGCGUGUCGACUACUGCGCCGGCACCUUAA